AUGUGGCGGAUCUACUACCUUUGCACCAAGACCAACCCCAGAAUACAAGCAGUUCCACUGAAAGACUGGCACCUGAUGUUGGUGGUGGUGCUGCUGGUACUGAUAGACUCUCUGGUUGCAGUCAUUGUUCUCCCACUGGACAAUGCAAGAAGUCAAACCACUGCUAUACCCAACAAACAAGACCAAGACUUCACAAAAAAUAGUGAAGGUAUUAGGGAGAUGUCUGUGGUGUAUAGGUGUACAUCACCCACCGAACCAUACUGGGUAGGAGUUCUCUUUGGCUAUAAGGUAAUCUUCCAGGCCAUUGGCGUGUUCCUGGCCUUCAAGAUCAGGAAGGUGAAGAUCCGAGGUCUGAAUGAGUCGAGAGAAGUGUCGGCCAUCAUCUAUAUCACAUCAGCCGUCUUGGUCACCAUCAUUGUGGUCUCAUUCGCCUUUGGAGACUAUGUUGAUGUGGGUGCUGCCACAUAUGGCUUUGGUCUCUGCACUGCCACAACAGUCGUCCUCUUAUUGACAUUUGGCUCAAAGAUGUGGGGGCUGUAUAGAGACCCAGAAGGAGAAGAAUGUACUGAAGGGGACAGUAGUGUCCAGCAGUGGUCCCCUGGACACAGGGGGUACUGGGAGCAGUCAAGUGCCAGCACUGCAGGCCAGGAUCAAGGAACUGGAGCAACUACUCCAACAACAGGGGAACAAAAUUGAUCAACACAACUCAGAAGAUGCUCUGUCAGCCACCUCGGAAUGAUUGCCUCGAUGAAUUGAAAUAUUGUUCAUCACACACACUUUUAAAAUGCACAAUGCAUUGCAUGAUAUAAAACUUAAUGAACUGUAAAAAUGAUUGCAUGCACAAUGAUUCUCUGUCACUUUUCAAUGACCAGCAUCACUGACGAUGCAGCAGGGUCUGUUGCACUAUUAUCUGACGCAGUUUGUGUUGUCACAAGAAGACAGCGACUUGCACACACGGCCACUGCAGCAGCUGCAGGGAGAGCAACAGGUGGAGCAGCAGCAAAAGGUCCUGUGGAUCCAGCGAGAGUCACGCGGUGGCAGCAGCAUCAAUAGGAACCCCGCCACUAUCAGGUCGACCGCGGCAAACUUCCACGUGGAGAAAAGGUUCACACGGCGGGCCAGGAGGUCCACUAGGGCAUUGACCGGGAUACCCAGUACUGUCCCGAGUGAUAUGAACAGCGGGUAGGUGUAGGCAAUGCCAAAGUUUAUGGAAAAGUUAAAGAGGACAGAGAGUGCCGAGCUGGCAGAGAGUAACAGCCAGGGUAUCUUAACGUCGUUGUCGGCGAUGACCUCUUUUUUGGUGACCUGGAGAGCCAGAACCACUGGCCAGAGGAAGAGGUGCUGAAGAGACCGAGGGAGGAGAGGAAGAGAGACAUCUGGUAGAUGGAGGCUUCCCUCACCCUCACCUUCAGCAGAACCUAUCAUAAAUGUACAUGUAUAUACAUUCUAGGUCGCAAGGCAAAAGAACACAACUAUACCCCCAACUAUAAGUAUGAUUGUCGUCAACUUUUAUCUCUACCUACACUUCCUCACAAUAGUCUUUCCCAAUGGACUUCUCUCGCUAACUUUUGUGGGAAAACAGAAACAAACUACCAUCGCUUCCAGCUGAGUUGCCAUGGGUGAGAUUGAUACACACAACACUCUGCAAUCUAGGCAUAGUGCACCACCAAUGGAGAUACAUGGGCAGCUGAACAGGCGAGGCUCAAACAAAUGCGAAC